UGUGAGAUGACGAGUGAAACCUUCACAUCGAACACAGAGUGAAGGAGACUGAACAUAAUGCUGUUUUGAGAAGUGAGAAGUAGAUUUUUUGCUCUUCUCUAGUUUAUUUAAUCAGCCUUUUUCUCGUUAUCGUUAUUAGUAGAGUGUAUUCUCCUCCAUCAUGGAAAAUGAAGAGGAGUUCAACCAUUUGCGGGGAAAUCCAGUCAAUGAGAAACAUUAUGAGUGGCAGCUGUCGGUUGGACAACAGUGGCUGCGAAUUGACAACGACCAUGUGAUUGAGACCCACUACUGCCAGCCUGGAGCCAGAGGAAUCACCAUCAACACUCAGGACGGGCCGGUGUUCAUAGACUUUGAUAAGUUACAGACCCUGAAUGCAGCUCUGAGGGUGCAGAGAAUGAGCCUCCUGCCUCAGGGCCAGACGGAGGACGUGGGCUGGUACUUCAGAGACGACCAGCUGUGGCGUGAGUAUGGAUCCCAGACCUCCAGCAUGUUGGCCUCCUCAGUCAGCAGUAGCGAUGUUGAGCAUCAGUUCUCUCUAAACCCUCAGGGAUCCUUCAGUUUCACAGUGGGCUCGACAGGCUACACACUCAACUUCUCCACCAUGACCCAAACAAACUGCAGCACAGGCCUGCGCAGGAACGUACGCAGGCGACCGAAAUUUGUCUCCAACACAGGGAGCCUUUGCUCCACCUCCGUUUCUCCAGCGGCUUCCUCCUCCCAGCUCACCGAUGGAGGUUACAAGUGGGAGUUCAUGGGGGAGGAGGGGCAAUGGACAGAAUACCAAGCACAUGUAUGCUCAUUCGGCAGCGCUGCCAUUGAGAGACAAUACCAGCUGAAUCCACGGGGCCAGCUACGCUUCACGAUCAAGAGACACUCGUACACCCUGGAUUUUUCAAGAAUGCAGCAAGUCAACGACAAAAUCGGGACUGUAAGAGCAGUGAGGAGGACUGCUGACUGUGGGAGUCUACAGAACAGCAGCAGGGGAACGCUGCCCCGAUGGCAGUUCAAAGAUAUCGAUGGAAUGUGGAAAGAUUAUUCCAGAUCGGGACAAUACCAGUGCACCAUAUCCAGCCAGGACAUCGAGCUCCAGUACCAACAGGACCCGUCCGGCUCCAUGAUGUUUACCACCAACAACUUCAGCUAUGAGCUAAACCUCGCAGCCAUGACUCAGAGGAACUUGUCCACAAACACCACCAGAUCAGUGCGAAGACUUAACCAGUGACUGCGGCACAACAGCAGACCCGCAGGCCGGAGGUUAACUUAAUUAACUCAGGUCGUCUCUCACGCUGGAAUGAUUCGAUGCCGUUUUUCACAAGCUGCCUUGGUGAUUGUAUGGACCUACACAACAGUUGUUCAAACAUGCACAGGGUGUUUGCUGGGACUUUUUUUUAGGGGAGCAUUAUUUCAUAUAUGUGCAACAGCUGAUAAAUGGCCUCAUGUGAUAUCACCCGAGUCAGCAUUGGCUGGGGCUGAAAACUACAAGUUUGACAAUUAAAAAUAAUAUAUAUAGUGGUGUGGAGUUUGAGGCAAUCCUCCGCUACUAGCAUAACGAACCCAAAUCUCACUAAAUUGUCAGCAGUCAAGUUGCACUGUGGGUAAUGUAGGCACCAGGUUUUGACAAGGAAGACGGAUAGAUGGAAUAAAAAAAGAUAUCACCUCUGGUUCAGAUGCAUAGAUUUUGAUCAUUUUGUUUCAAACUGUCCAUCAUGACUCCAGCAGUGUUGUAGGAUUGAAGUACUCUUAAGCAUAUUCUAUAUUAUAUAACUAAUAUUUAGAUGCAACACCUCCUCUCAAUUAAAACCAAAGGAAUGUUUACCAAAGUUUAAUCCUGCCUGGGUUUUGUGCAUGAAACAUCAGUUGAAACCUUAAAAUUAAUUAAUGAUUCAAGAACACUGCCUUGUAACCAUGUUUACGUUUUGACAAGAUACCUCCUUUUAACCCAAAGUAAAAAAGGAAAUUAACUUUUAUGUUUUAUUUCACACUGCCUACAAAUUGUGUUUGGAAGUCUUAAAAUGUUCAUUAAUACCGCCAUAUAAUAAGUGCACUUUGGCUUGUUAUUUUUUUUUCUCUAAAUUAAAGUUACAUACGCUUCA